GUGAAAAGUACAGGUGCAAAAAAUUUCAUUUUUUAACAAACACACGUGCAUAUGUAGAGUGAGAAAAUUGAAAGGAUAACGCAAAAAUCCAACUUAAGGGAGAAAUAGAAGGGAAAACUGGUUACCAAAGAGUUUGUUGCCAAGGCAACCACGAUUUGACGCUGGAGAAGACAAAUAUGGCGACUUUCUUUGUCGCACGAGAUAUAAUUCCUUCGUAGGUUUAUUAUAGAUUUCGGAUUACAACACUUAAUCAACUGAAUGAAGAGGGGUUUUGAAAUCUCUAGAGGAUGAUGAGCUCACAAGAUGCAUGAAAAGAGGGGCAGUUUAACGUACUAUCAAUUUCGUAUACCCCUCGAUCCCGCGCAACAACUACCCAAGAGAAAAGGUAUGGAUCACAGCUUGACUGUUCGUGAAAAUUUGCGUAAUAAACUAGUAGGGAAAUGGUUUGUUCUGGUUCUAUUUCGCAAAUGUCGCUCUUGAAUAUUUUUGCUUCUUGUAUCUCGACACUUGAUCUGCUGAUCUGGAUUUGCAUGAGAUACGAGAUGUGAAACAUCCGCAUGGUUAAGAAACGGCUCAGAUUGCAAUUGGUUAAGGUGCUUCAUUUUAAACUCUAAAUUGUACGCAUAUUAAUCCUUUAAAUAAACGUAAACGUAUAUACAUAUAUUUCAAGAGUGAAAAUAUGUUUUUCAAAAACUCUUGUCUCGGAUCAGCUGAAAGAUUCAAGAAGAGCAGCAGUUCCUGGAACACAGUUGAUUCCAGGCCAUGCAGUCAGCAAAGUCACAACUGUGUUUCCAUAGAGCAAGAUAUUCACGACCGGAAUUCACAGGUAAGACUCAGUUUGUAGUUCUGCUAACCCUAACAGACUGCUCAUGAAAUGGGAGAGAUCAAUUAAUAUUGUUUGUAUAUCGAACAGCAUAUUUUGGUUGGAUCUGCACUGAGACGACCCCAUGCAAGUGAGUAUUCUCCACUGGAUUACCAAAGUAUGCCAGAUGUUGGAAAGUCUCCACGUCAGCCUUUUAGGCCUCAAUCUUCAUGUACAGUGUACAACUAUGCUUCUCGUCCUGUCACUGCAAGGGAACAGUCAUCGCACCUUGGAAGACAUACAAAGUCAAGGUAAAUAUCAACUCACUGUUAUUAAUGUGCAAUGUUUCUAAUGGGAGUCUUGCCUUUGGAACUCUACAAAACCCUCUUUGUGUUGGAUAAAGUUUACCAAUAACUUCCCUUUAAUAACUUGCGCAUUGACAUGAAUUGUUCUGUUUUGGUUGGGUAAUAAUUUGGUACUUGGAUAAAAGGAAUGUGGCAAAAAAUCGAUUAACUUCAAGACUGUGGGUUUGUUUUAGACUAGUAUGGGGUUGUACGGAAAUCUUUGCACUGGGUGUGAUGCAGAAAUAUGACAAGAAAUUGAAAGACUUAAGGGUUAGGGUUUAGGGUUUAGGGUUUAGGGUUAGGGUUAGGGUUAGGGUUAGGGUUUUAUAUUUAUUAGCAGUUUAACCUUAAAACCUGAUGCACGUUUUCCUCAUCUUCACUCAAUUGCAAUUUCAGCUUGCUGAGAUGUCAGUCAGCCUCAUCAGUUUCCAUGAGUUCACAUUUAUCCCACUCAAAUUUUAAAUCAGCAACAAACAAGAAACGUUUAUGUGAAAUUCGUAAGUUGACACAUUUCUGUGAAUAUUAAUCUCUAUUAAUAUGAAUCUAGACAUCGAUAACUGAGAGGCCUGGGUUCCUUUUCUUUAGAUUGAGCAAUUUGUUUAGCACAUAAGCCAUAAGACUUGGGUAGAGCCAAUGGCUAUUCACCACACUAAUACGUUUUACUUGCAAAAUUACUUUAGUAGUACCGCUUAGGUAUCUGUACAUGUGUUAUUAGUAAUCUAGCAAGCAAGCAAGCAACAAGUUUAUUUCUAGCUUAAAGAAAGUUUUAGUUUCCCUCCCACCCACACCAUUGAAAGUUUUGAUUGUAUCUUAACCUCAUUCGUGUUUGUAGUUUAUUCCUGAUUACUGGACAGUUGGUUUAGUGUAUUCAUUCAAUAUGUCAUAGUCUAGUGUGUUAUUUACGUAGGAUAUAUACAUUUAAUAAACUGUCUGGUCCCAAAACAAGUGUCUGUCAGUUGUGGUGUUUAGUUGGUAAAUACAGAUGUUUAUAGGGUUUACUCUACAAGGCUGUAACACGCUGGUCUUAUCCAUACAGAAUCUGCCUUGUCAAUUGAAUUACUAAGUUUAAUACCAAAAGGUUUUGAAUAUGAUGAUCCAAAUGAGAGUUAAUGUUUACUUGACCAUAUGUUGUGUUAGCUAAGAUGUAUACUUUGUUGAUCUGUCUCCAGAAAGAGAUCUUCAGAUCAUCAUGGAAACUUUGAUGUGUCUCCAAUCACUCUUGCAAGCAGUGCCAUUUGGCCUUUUUUUCUGUUUUUAAAUAUAUUGGUUACUUAAUAAGUAUUUAAAAAAUUUUUAUCAUUUUUAGGUGAUGACUACAGAUUCUUCAAAAGUGAUCCAAUGCACAAACAGUAAGAAUUUUUUUGCCAUAAAUUUAAUUGUAAAGGUUAUGUUUUAACUUGAUAAAUAAAUUAAUUGCCAAAAAAUACUAAAAUAAAACAAGGAGUCAAAUUUACAGCUAAUUUAUAGGUUUUUUCUCGAAAUCAUGCUGCACAAAAGCCAUGUCAGUUACUGAAUCACAUGUCACUUGGUGAACUUAUCUAUCAUGUGAAAAUGGUGGCUUCUCUAGAUUUUGUAGGUAUAAGUAGUGGUCACAGAUGAAGUGAAUUAAGUCUUAAAACUCCUAAGAAUUUUAAUACAUUUAGAUGUGGUCACAGAUGAAGUGAAUUAAGUCUUAAAACUCCUAAGAAUUUUAAUACGUUCAGAUGCACAGGUACCAUCAAAAAGAGGUUUAUAAUGUUUCUGUUCUAAAAAAUCAAACCAGAUAGGUUUAGAAAGGAGAAUAUUAACUUUUUAAAACAAAAACAAUAUAACAUAUUACUAGGUAACAAAUGUUCUUUAAAAAUAUUUAAUUAUAAACUCCCUGACACUCUUACAUCUACAUUGUUUACUGAAAAUGAAAAACAAGAAGACACAGAGUUUAAUCAGACAAGAACUGCUUACAAAAAUUAACUCUAACUUGUGAAGUACAUAAACAAUUCCUACCUAUUCCUUCAAUUAACCCUUUACAUCCUAACAUCAGGACAUAAUUAUAUUCUCCACACUGUUCUCUUUACAUUUUCUAAUGUUCCAACAAGGAUAAUUUGUUCAAACAUCUAUAGCUUAUGUAGUCAUUUAUCAUUUCCCUCAUUCUCAUGACCUAAAUGUUUGAUUCAGGGGUGAUAAUGUAAGGAGAAAUUAGAUGCUAAUCAUCCUCAGGGGUGAAAGGGUUAAGCACACUUAUGAAUAUUUUUGCAAUUAAAGGAAUGGAUUGGUUAUGAAGCAAAUUAAAUAUUUAUAUAAUCAAGACUUCUUAUUAAUCUUCCUCUUACAGAGUACCUCCCCAUGGUGAAAGUCUUCACAGCUUUUUAACUGGAGCAAGGUACAACAGGUAUGAUACUGACUACACCAUUUUAACUCUGUCACUGAUCUGAGAGACCAAGUGUGAAAGUGAAGACUGAAAAAAACCAGUGCCUUACUUAAAGAUAAAGAUUUUUAACUCCUAUGACUCAACUCCUGAUUAGAUGGUGGGUUUCUAAAUAAACAUUGUUUUACUUAUUUCUUCUUUUUUUCAAUAUUUGUUUAUUCGUUUUAUAUUAUACUUGUCUUACAGAGCAAGAUACUUGGAUUGGCGUGCUCUCUCUAAGCUAGGAGUUUAUAUUCCCAAGCCUGAUCUGAACUCAUUCUUCAUUAAGAAUGAAUUUGAUGGUAAGCCUAUAGUUAUAAGGAAGUUAUUGUGUUGAUAGAGCAACAUUAAUGUCUGACACUCUACCUGUUACAAGCAACCACAUUGAACUCAUGGUAGUCAGUAAGUUGAGUGAAGUGAGGGUAAAGCUUUCUAAUACCUGUAUCAUUUUUUUAAAUCCAUGCUCUUUUUUUGAAAUGAACACCCACACAGGUUUCCCCCUUCACUCCACAGGCCUUUUCCCAGAGCACAAAAAUAUUUGGGGAUGCAAUCAAUUGAGUCUAUUGAACAAAAUAAAUAUUCUUCUUGGUGAAUAAAUUUACCCUAUUACCAGAUGUUAUUAAUGGCAAGUAGGGAAACAGCAUGGUUGAACUGCCCAACUGGCUCAAUUUUUUCGUUUCAAGUAAAGAGUUCAACUCCUCGACCACAGUUGCCGAGGUCCAUUUCAACCAGUUAUAAUCAAUUUACAUAUGGAAAACUUAUUUAUUGUCUAAUGUCAACAUCCAGAUUCAGAUGCAAGAAGCAUCUUUUCUGACUCUACCGAAGAAGAACUAGUGGUUGAAGGACUGAAAGAAAAAGGAGAGGAAGAUAAUGGGACUUUUCUGACACGGGAAACAAAUACAGAACCACAUUACCUAAGUAUUAAACACUGGCAUUCUACUGAAUGGAAAACAGACAGGAAGCCAAGUAAAGAGCAAAGGAUACAAUCAGCACCCUUAAAAAUCAAAGCCAUCCACACAUAUUAUUAUGACUACAGUCAAAAGAGUGAAUCAUCUUUAACUGUUUAAUUGAUGUGCUGAUAAUUAUUUUUAUUAUAAUUAUUAAACUGAAAAAUAUUGAAAUGGUAUUUUAAGUUUUUAGUGUGCAUCAUUUUGAUGUACAAAUCCAUUUAAGUUGAACUGUAUGGAGCGAAAAAAGUAAUAAGCAUCAUGUGCUAUUUCACAUGCAUCAUGGAUUUGAAGCUUCCAUCCAGGGAAUUCAACACAAAAUGAGUCCACAAAAUUCCUGAACAGAAUUUCCUGUUGUAACACAGUUGAAUGCUCACUGUGCAGUCUCUCCCUUAACAAUUUGUACCACUUAUAAAAGCUCUCUUGAUGUCAUUAUGUUGCAAACCAACUUUCCUCAAAGCAUGAAUGUGUUAAGAUGAACAAUUAAUAAAGUUUAGAAGAAGAUUACACAAAAUUAAAGGGCUCACAGAGAUUUUCAAGUUUGUAACCUUGCAAGAAAGUAGUAUAUACAAUUAUGGGUGUUUGCAAAACAGUAAUUUUUGGAUAGCCUUGUGUUUGGGAAUUUUGCAUAUGC